AUGUUGUCCUUGGGUGUUCUGUUGGGUUCUCUUCUGGGAGUAAUGGCCGGUCCUCCAACACCGGUGAACCUUACCAUGUCGGAUAUUGUUCGAGCGUCGGGACACCUGGACAUGGCCGAGGAUACGGUGACCGAGUGGUCUGGUGACAUGUUCGCAUAUGCACCCGGUGUCCUCCCGGCCCGCCUGUUCCGUGUUUCUGGUGUGACCACCUCCCGAGCCUUGCCCAACACGCUGGGCGGAUUCACCCUUCUCUCCCGCGAGUUGCUGCUAUACUACACCGAGGACGGUACCUUGGCCCAGACCUUUACGAGCCCAUGGGAUCAUCAGACUUAUCAAGUCAUCCACACCCAAAACAACCCAGUCUACUCGCUAUUGGACAACAAGACCUACAUCGGAUCGACCGAUGGGACCAGCACGACCGUCACGAUCGCCACCCGCAACUCGUUCACGAACCCGCUCAACGCGUCCGAAGCCACCCGCGAAUACCUAUCUCCCUAUUCCGGCAACCUCACCAACAUCACCACUCUCGACACCACCACUUUUGUCUUUCCCACAUCCCAGCUUCCUCUGACAGGCAAGCCACAGUCCCUGCCCAAUGUAACCAUCUCCCGCACCCGGGUCUCGCCGCUCUUGCCGUUUAUGAACGCUUCCGCCCCGAUCGCGUCCACUACCUCUCUUUUCCUCGUUCUCAACGGUCGCAAAGUCCCCGAAGGGAUCGACGGUCUUUCCGCCUCGCUCCAGGCCCAACUAGAAGAAAAGAAACUCUGGGCAUACGAGGAUGCGCCAAUCAGCAGAGAAGACGCCGGGAGCGGGGCCCAGAGGGCGUCCAUGUACGGUACCAACGACUGGGUCGAGUUUUCCACUACCGAUGUGUUUAAUCCGUGGAGGAUGAACACCACAGGCGCUUUCCCUCUCAAGGACGUGGGAGACUGGUGCGACGCUUGA